GUAUAUUAAAACUAUUUUGUGAAAUGUUAGAUUCAUCUUUUGCAGAAAUCAAAGCUUUUACCAGCAAUGCAAACAAAUCUAUUGAAAAAGCAACUGUUAACGUUCAUAAAUGUCUUUACAUAGGGAAAUCUCCAAACGGAGUCCAGGCCCUCACCAUUGUUAAGAGCAGCGGGGAAAGACCAGGAGAUGUUGUGCAAUUUAAGUGCGUAGGAGAAGUUGAAAGCAUAAAUGGUGUUCCAAGCCAAAACAUCAGGUGGUGCAAGAAUAUGUCUGGAAAAUUUACUGAAAUAUCUCUACAAGACCAUCCAUUCACCGCAGUAGUAUCUAGCAGCAAAGAUGGAUGCAUGCCUAUACAGCAAUCGGAGAUCUUUUACCACAUCAUGCAAAGUGAUGCAUACUUAGAAAUAAUGUGUGAAUCGGGUUACAACAAAUACACAAGUGAAUGUGGAAAAGGAACAGCAAAUUCGACGAUAUUUUUAAACACAAAAACUUCGACUGAAGCAGUGGGACAGUGGAAGGUAUAUCCUAUCUUGAAAUACGACGAGACGGAAGUUAUAGAUGAACAAUAUUUCAACACUCAAGGAAUUGGAAGAACCAUUCAUCUGUUUUGUAGUGCUUCCUCCUUCACAUCGAACGAACAGCCGAUGAACUGGUGCGUAAAAAAGACAGAUGAUGCUAACUGGACAAAAGUUGUCACGCAAGAAGAUGCAAUAAAAUCUUCAGCAAAUAAAAGUGGUGGAGAAAUGAUAAUGUUCAGUCAAAUUACUUAUCAUGUAACGGAGUACGACAAGGUUCUUCAUUUUACCUGUGAAGUUUCUAAUUUCUCUAGCAGCCCCUGUGGAUCUGGACUAAAUUUUUCUCGUCUUACAAUUCGGAUAAACGCCCAUCAAACAAUGCCAUCUGAAAAGGAAAGUGCCGCCACUGUGGCUGUUAUAUCUGUCUUUCUGUGUUUGAUUUUAGUUGCAAUAACGGCUCUUGUAAUAAUCAUAUACAGAAGAGGAGAAAUGACAGUAUUUGGAAUUGCGAUCAAGAUUGAAAGGAUCAGCAACCGAUUUCAACUGCCAGAGGACGGGAACAAAGUUAUUGCAGAGCCUUCUCAAGCAAACUCAUCGCAAAGAAUAUCACAGUCAAGCAUACGAUAUAUUGAUGAGCCAAUCCAAAUCAAUUCUCAGAUUGAUGAAAACAAGACAGAGCAUAAAGGUCAAAGAGAUUCUGAAGAUAAUAUUCAGGGGUUGUACGAAGAACCAGACUGCACUAUGGCGGUUCAAAGACAGAGUGUGUAUGAAAAUGAAUUGAUGAAAGAUGAGAUUUUGAAUGAAGGAGAAAAACUGAAACAACAAACUGAAUCAAAAAUAUGUGACUAUGAUGAGCUGCACAUUGAAGAAGAACAGCAAAACUACGAAGAUCUAGACUUAAAACAAGUGCAUACACGUUCAAAAGAAAAGACUCGCGAAAAGAACGAGUCUUUUCUUUUUUCCUGAAAGUAGAACACAUACAAAAUUAAGCAUCUGAAUCAUAAAACAUUGAACACUUUCUAGGAAAAGUUAUAAAAUGUUUCCUUGAGAAAAGAACAUUACUUAUCUUGUAUCUAUCAAUGAAAUGUUCAGUUAUGUACUAUUUUAGAUUCAUGACUUGGUUUGUAGGUAUAUAUUUUGAACAAUCUUUUUUUACGUUUAUGAAGAAAAGAAUAAUAUAAAGAUGUAAUUAAUGUCCACAAAUGUGUAUAAUGAUAAUUCUGAGCAAUUAAAAAUGACAUUAUUUUGA